AUGGUGGAACACUUUAUCAAACAAAUGCAAUCGGAAUUUGAGAUGAGUCUUGUUGAUGAAUUGACGUAUUUUCUUGGACUUCAAGUAAAACAGAUGGAUGACUCCAUCUUCAUCUCUCAAAUCAAGUAUGCCAAGAACAUAGUGAAGAAAUUUGGAAUGGAGAAUGAAAGUCAUAAGAGGAUACCUGCUCCAACUCAUUUGAAGUUAUCAAAAGAUAAAAAGGGUGUUGUUGUUGAUCAAAGCUUGUACACAAGUAUGAUUGGAAGUUUGCUAUAUCUUGCAGCUAGCAUACCAGAUAUAACAUUUGUUGUAGGUGUAUGUGUAAGAUAUCAAGCUGAGCCAGAAACUAGUCACAUCAAUCAAGUGAAAAGAAUUUUUAAGUACAUCAAUGGUACAAGAGAUUAUGAGAUGUUAUACUCUCAUAGUUCAGGUUCUAUGCUUGUAUGGUAUUGUGAUGCAGAUUGGGUUAGUAGUGCUGAUGAUCGAAAAAACACGUCUAGUGGAUGUUUCUUUUUGGGCGCUUCAAUCGGGUUAUUAUAUUCCACCUCUUAG